GAUCUUCCCCUUCUACUCAUAUAUAAAUUGAUGACCAACAGUGUGAGGAAUUAAGGGCAAAACUUACCACACUCACCCUCAUAAUUCCUUAAACACUCAAAAUCCCAUAAUUCAAUCCUAAAACAGAAACUCAUAUGGCUAGGAAGAGAAAGGCUUGUGAGGGAGAAGAGCAGACCCCAUCAAACCCGACACCCGAGCAAACCACGUCGUGGGAUGAGAUGGUGAAGGAGGCUGCGCUUGGAGGCAUGAGGAGGGCAAGGAAACGGUUCGUCGGGGUCAGGCAGAGGCCAUCGGGAAGAUGGGUGGCUGAGAUCAAGGACACCAUCCAGAAGAUCCGGGUUUGGUUGGGGACCUAUGACACUGCCGAGGAGGCGGCCCGGGCCUAUGAUGAGGCCGCCUGCCUCCUACGUGGGGCCAACACCAGGACCAACUUCUGGCCUUGCUCGGGGUCGGGCACUUCCUCCUCCCCAGCCCUCCCAACCAAGAUCACAAACCUCCUCCUCCAGCGGCUCCGGGCUAGAAACAACAGCAUCAGCCAUGACUGUCCCAGCAUAUUGGAUUCAAACUCGAACUUCAACGAGCAACAAAAUCACUUAGUACAGGAACACGUAGCAGAUUUCUCCGAGAUGCAAUUCACCGACUUCCUUAACUUCCCGGAAGAAAACAGUCCCCAUAACAACAGUGAUAACAAAACCAAUAGUAGCGCUGCCACUGACAACAAUUACCAGACCAGAAGCCCUGAAUGCGGGGCCUUCGACUAUCAAUCCUCGAGCGGGGACUGCAGCCUUGGAGGAGAUGCAGUGGAGGAAGGGGAGGAGGGAGGGACUGAUCUCGGAGCCAUAGAUUUCCGUUUCCUCGACGAGGUUAGGCAAUCCGAUGAUUGCUACUACUCGCCCUUCAAGAUUGCCGAGGAGAUAGUGGUGGUGGACCCGAUGGGGCUGGAGGCAGAGGGGGAUGAGGACGAGCCCUCCAUCGCGCUGAAGAGGAUGAAGUACUACGAGAGGAAGUUCUCGGCAUCACUCUAUGCAUUUAACGGGAUACCCGAGUGCCUGAAACUGAAGCUUGGGUCCGGAAACGGUGGGAAGUGUGACCAACUAAGCAAGCUCCGCAACGCGUGUAGCAGUAGGAAGAGUAUGGAAGAAGGAGUGAAGCCCGACGGGACGGCGAAACACGAAGAAGAAACUCCUUGCAAGGAUUUUAUUACUGGCUCUGUCUCAUCUGCUUCCUCACUGGGAUCGAGCGUAAACGAGGGGGAAUUAUGGAGCUCACUCGAUCUCCAGCCCAUCUGCUUCGUGAACUAAUAAUCGAUUAGUAGUAUGACUUGGAUAAAAUUCUUUCCACUGGUUUUAAUUGCCAGUGACAGUGAACGUUAGAACUUCUGAUGUGUUUCCAACCUUAUGCUAAUCUCUUCACAGGGUCUUGCAACCUUUACAGAAUUAAGGAAUUUGAUUUUAGCUUAAUUUCAUGUCAAUUAAUAAGAGAACAACUUCUCUCUUUA